AUGGAUUAUUUAAAAUCAUUUUCUAGGGUUGUAUUAGGCAAAGAUAUACCCUCCUUUCCUUACAAUAUUGGAGAAAAAAUUGAAUCAUUUGAGGGCCUUUCAAUAUGGUCUUUACAUAAUGGAACUAAAAAGGAUGGCGGAAGUUCUGUAUCUGUUUUCACUUUUGAUUGUAACAAACAGAAAGAAAAGAUACAAUUAGCAAAGAAUGCAUUUAAAAAAUUUCGCACAAUUCGACAUCCAGAUUUAUUGAGAUAUUUAGAUGGUGUUGAGACAGAUACUUUCAUUUAUAUCGUGACAGAAUAUGUUUCGCCUUUAAAAAAUCAGUUAAGAUUUCAUGAAGAUAAUAAUUUGAAAUUAUGGGGAUUAUAUAAAGUUGGAAGUGCGUUGAAAUUUUUGAAUGAUGAUUGUUCAAUAAUUCACGGUAAUGUUCGAAUUUCUUCGAUAUUUACCAACAAAGCCGGGGAAUGGUUGUUAGCAGGAUUUGAACUUAUGAGUUCUAUGAAGGAAGAAAGCCCAACGUUUGGUAGUUUAGUUGUUGAAUCGACUAAAUACGCAUCCCCGGAAGUUUUAAAAAGUUCAUGGAAUGUUUUGAAAGACCAAGAGAUUUGGGUGAUUGAUUCUUGGAACUAUGGAAUUUUGAUAUAUGAAGUUUAUAAUGGUGAAUUCACAUCAGCAAAACAAUUAGAUAAUAUAAAUUUAAUUCCACAGAAUAUGCGUGAUCAAUAUAGUCAGUUGGUUGCUACUAAUCCUAAGCUAAGACUUAGUAUCUCUUCUUUUAUUGAAGAUGGGCUGAAGCCCGGUGGAAUUUUCCAAAAUGAUCUAGUUCAAAUUAAUUUGUUUUUAGAUAAUAUGAAUAUCAAAGAAUCUAGAGAGAAAGAAAUGUUCUUUAAGCAUUUGAACAAUUGCAUUGACAAUUUCCCAGAGAAUAUUUGUAAGUACAAAAUACUACCUGAACUUAUUAAUGCUUUAGAAUAUGGGUCAGGAGGUGCAAGAGUAUUGCCACCUAUAAUAAAGAUAGGAAACACUCUUGAUGAUACAGAAUAUGAACAAUUGAUCAUAACAGCGAUUAUAAAAAUGUUUGCUGUACCUGAUAGAACAAUUCGUUUGAGUCUAUUAGAAAAUUUGGGAUCUUUUAUUGAUAAAUUAAGUAAUAAGGUUAUCAAUGAUCAAAUAUUUCAACACAUGGCAACAGGAUUUACAGAUACUGCACCUAUUAUAAGAGAAAGCACUGUCAAAUCUAUUCUUUUGAUUGUUUCAAAGGUACGAUUAAUUAAAACAUAUAUUAUUGAAACUUUGUAA